AAAUGAUUGUUUCCCUUUCGAAUAAACUGCAUCAUUUUCACUGGCUUGACAUCCCUUAGGAAAAUGGGAAUAUAAAAAGGCAACUCUUUUGAAAGGAAAUCAGUUCAGAGCUGGACUCCUUAGAAAGAAAUAACUCAGCCAACUCCAUAGAUUCUCUGGACUCUGAAAAUGCACCAUUUACUAUACAUUCUGCUAGCAGCCAGCACAUCAUGCAUGGCACAUUACAGAGGUUACGAGUCCCGUAACCUCAUCGAGAGAGAGGAACCCCACCCCGUAGAUGGAACUUUAGUCGAAUGUCCGGUUUGCGAAAGCAGCCUGUCGUGGUUGCCAAAUCAUGAAGAAUGUAACAUUGUAAAAGGAGAAAAACGAUACAAGAAGUGCGAGAGAGGAACUUAUAUCAAUGAAGUAUGCGGAGGCCGCCGGGAUUGCUACCGAGGCCCUGGUGAACACUGCACGGAAAAAAUGGACUACGACGUCUACGGGCAGAAGUGCGCCCACGGCUACUACUGCGACAACAAUUUCAACGUUUGCACUGGACUGGGCUUCGCCAUCGACAGCCACGUGCGUUGGAUCCUGAACCACCCCUACCGGUACCCCCUGCGAUCGCAAAACGAAGAAGAUGCUCUGAACUCGAAACCUCUUAUGUUACUCGCCUAAAAUACCCCUGAAACUACAUGUAACUUUUUCGAUUAGGCUCAUUCGUUAUGAAAAGACAAAAAUUGUACUAUGAAUAAAUGGCAUAGAAUGUCUAUAUCCCUUUUUU